AGUUGCAAGGUUGACGGUGUUGCCAUUUCGAAUGAUAUAAAUCGUUACAAGGCAACUUGGGCCGUAGUCGAUGUCACAGUUCUGUUCGAUAUCAAAAAUGGAUUUCAAGUUUUCAAUUGUUCUUUUUGUCUUCACCAUCGCACAUUCUUGUGGCAGCAUAAUCCCCACGGUGGAAGUGUUACAAGGACCAGGUAGCAGAACCACCCUACUGGGUCCAGAUGGGGGUGCAGUGGAUUCAGCAGCCCCAGGUGGGACAGUUGUAACAAAUUCUUUUGGCACUGGAUUGGUAGCUGCAGGACCAGCAAUUCUCCCAGCAGGUCGCCCAAUAGUAGUCAGUGGACCUGCUGGAUCAAUUGCAACUAGCUAUACGGGAGCUGGGCCAGCAAUAGUUCCUGCUGCAGCUGCUGUUCCAGUUGCAGCUGUGAGAGCCAUUUCCACUGAUGAAGGAGACUACAUUCCUGACAUCUCUGAGGCAUUGGGUGAUGAUGGGUCAUAUAGAGGAGAACACUAGAUAUAUCAGGAGCCACAGAUUGUUGAUGUUAUUAGAAAUUUGCAUAUUGUGUGGUUUUAUAUUAUUAUUGUAAAUAAAUCACAUAUUUUGUA